AUGAGAGUUUUGAAUUGGGAUUGUCUUACUCUCAAUGUUGUUUGUUGGAGUGCUCUUUUGAGAAGAGGUGUCGACGUAAGGUAUCUAGAGUUGGAUGUCACUAGUCUAUUCAUUUUAAGUUUGCUGCUUUUAUUCUAUAUCUAUAAAAAAUAUGUGCGUGUGCGUAUGCGUAUGCGUGUUCGUAUUUGUAUUUGUAUUUGUAUUUGUAUUCGUGUUCGUGUUCGUGUUCGUGUUCGUAUUCGUAUUCGUAUUCGUAUUCGUAUUCGUAUUUGUGGGUGUGUGGGUAUUUGGAUGUAUUACAAGGAUGUAUUAAAAAAAGAGGCACAGUUAAUUCUUUCUGCAGUGAUGGUAGUUUGGAGUGACGAAAUGAUAAAUUAUGUGACUGUCGCCUUUGGACCUAUUGCUUAUGAGGUUCUUAUUUUCUUUGGACAAAAUAGAAUCUGA